AUGGGUACAGGAGAAAAACCUAGUAAAACCAUCAAAGAUGGGAAGAACAUGAAGAGAGAGGCGCGAAGAAGCCUCAAUGUCAAUGAAGAAUACUUAGGCGCAUUAAGGACAAAAUCCUAUGGUGACUUCUUCCUGAAAGCUCAGCUACUUGUAAAUAACAAUAAUCAGCCAUCAUCUCCUUCUCAAUAUACAUUCUCAGAAAUCCUUCUUGAGCCAGGUCAAGAAACCAUAACAUCAAUUCUUGAAUCAUCUAAUAUUUUUCCAGGCAAAUAUAAUCUCAAAUCCCUUCUCUCCAAUUACUUCAAUAUCAGUGCACAAGCCUCAAAAUUCUGUAGCCACCUUCUCAAAUCCAUCAACCAAGUCCAAUCUGACUAUACUUUUGUUGAACAAGUCCUCGAAUCCAUCGAUGAUUGUUCCAAUUCCACAGAUCAACACUUUGGUUACCUUGUAUUAGAGCUUCGAUCUUUUAUUAUCCACAACAAUCCAUUUUCUGACCUCAAGAAACAGGAUUUCACACGAAUCAACGAUGAAUAUUCGUCGACACUUCAACAUUUGAAAUCAAAGAGGAAAAAAGUGGCUAGAAAGAUAAAAUUGAUCAAAGGUGUAAAUAAGGCUUCAGGGGUAUGUGUAACAGCAGCAUGUGGACUAGUUGCUGUUGUAGCUAUGGUCCUAGCAGCACAUACAUUAGCUGCAAUAAUUAUGGGACCAGCAAUUUUAAGCUUACCUUUAAAUCCAAUCAAGAAAAAAUUCACGAAUCUUCGAUUCUUGAAAUGUGGAUUUCUCAGGAAAAUUGGAGCACAACUUGAUGUAGCAGCAAAGGGUACUUAUAUUUUAAACAGGGAUUUUGAUACAAUGAGUCGACUCGUGGAUCGAUUACACGAUGAGAUUGAACAUAACAAGGCAAUGAUACAGUUGUGUUUGGAUAGAAAGGAAGAUAGCAUUUCAUUGCAAGUGUUGAAGGAGUUGAAGAAGAGUAAUGUUGGAUUCAGGAAGCAAGUAGAGGAGCUCGAAGAGCAUGUUUAUUUGUGUCUUUUAACUAUUAAUAGAGCUAGAGCUUUGGUGAUUAAGGAAAUUGCUAUAUCUUGUGGGAGCAAAAUUAAUGGUGAUACCCAAGAUAACAAGACUUGUAUAUAGUAUAUUCUUUGAUUUGUUAUGGACGCCUCUAUGUAUAUAUGUAUGGACAUGGGCAGAGUUAGAAGCCCCACUACAUAUUCGACCGAACCCCAAGAGCUUUUGU